AUGACAAAAUUAGCGCAGUGGCUCUGGGGACUGGCCAUCCUGGGCUCCACCUGGGCAGCCCUGACCAUGGGAGCCCUGGGCCUGGAGCUGCCCUCGGCCUGCCAGGAGGUUCUGUGGCCCCUGCCCGCCUGCUUGCUGGUGUCCGCCAGCUACUAUGCCCUGGUCACUGUGGGCUAUCAUGUGGCCACUUUUCACGAGUGCGAGGACGCUGUGUGCAAGCUGCAGGACCAGAUCCUGGAAGCUGGAGCUGACUUAGCCCGUAGGGGGCUGAGCUUCUGA